UCAUUGUGGCGAGGGCUUCGAAACAUCUUUGGGACACUACCACCAUGGACGCAUUUCAAGUACUAUCGUUAUAUUUGUUACUCAUCUUCAUUUGGAAUAUACCAUGUUUUCAGUCAGCUGCCAUCAUAUCUCCCUCUGUGCCAAGGAGAAACAAGGGAGCCAAGAUCCUUCAUGAUGGACAAAUGUCAACCAAAUUUCCCAAAGAGAUCUUCGCAUCUUCUCCUAUCUUAAGCCAUCACCGAGAAGACUUUAAUAAGGACGCAAUUGUGCCCCACGAUUACAUGCUCUCCAUAUACAGGACGUAUUCGGCUGCAGAGAGAAUCGGACUAAACGCAAGUUUUUUCCGCUCCUCAAAGUCUGCAAACACCAUAACAAGUUUUGUGGACAGAGGAACAGACGAUCUCUUGCACUCUCCUUUGCGAAGACAAAAGUAUCUGUUUGAUGUCUCAACCCUUUCAGACAAAGAGGAGUUGGUUGGAGCUGAAUUAAGGAUAUUUAGAAAAGUACCCGGGGAUUUGCAAACGUCCCCGACAGGUCUCUAUGACAUUCAAUUACUCUCCUGUCGAUCAGAACGGCUACUGCUACUGGAUGCAAGAUCCCUUGAUCCUCUGGAUUCCCGAAAACCAGGAUGGGAGGUUUUGGACGUGUGGGAAAUGUUUAAAAACAGGCAUCACUCUGCCCAGGGGAGCCAGCUUUGUCUCCAGCUCAAGGGCACUCUUGGUAAAUCAGAAAUGGAAAUCGAUUUAAAACAGAUGGGAUUUGACAGAACCGGUCGAACUCAGCAAGAGAAGGCCAUCUUGGUGGUUUACACCAGGUCCAAGAAAAGGGAGAACCUGUUCAACGAAAUGAAAGAGAAGAUCAGGUCUCGCGGAUCGGGGAGCAGGUCGGAGGAGGAGAGGGGCCUGCGGUUCAAAGCCAGGCGCCGACGGAGGACUGCAUUGAACAAUCGGCAUGGGAAAAGACAUGGCAAAAAGUCCAAAUCUAGAUGCAGCAAAAAGGCUCUGCACGUUAAUUUCAAAGAGCUAGGGUGGGAUGACUGGAUCAUUGCGCCAUUGGAUUACGAGGCGUACCACUGUGAGGGCGUGUGCGACUUCCCUUUGAGAUCGCAUUUAGAGCCAACAAACCAUGCCAUCAUUCAAACUCUCAUGAAUUCAAUGGACCCCAAUAGCACACCUCCUAGCUGUUGUGUUCCCACCAAACUCAGUCCCAUCAGCAUUCUUUACAUAGACUCGGGCAAUAACGUUGUGUACAAACAGUAUGAGGACAUGGUGGUAGAGCAGUGUGGCUGCAGGUAGCGUCCUUUUCUUCUGCGUCAGGAUAUGAAAGCUGUGGCAUAUCUUAAGCAUAUAGACCCAUGCGUUCUUGCCAUAUCAUGGUGCGCCUAAACUUCACUCAAAAGGGAUCCGCGAGAGACAUUAUUUGUAGUGUAGGCCUAUGCAAGCAUAUUUAUUUUGGUCAAAUUUAAACUCAGUACAAUCUCACAUAGCCUUAGACGUCCAAUUGUUGUGUUAAACUAAUACCUACUCCUAGCCUACAUUUCCGUCCACCUGAUAUGUUUUUCAAGAGCAUAGUCUAUUGUUUUGCGAGGCCCGGACAUGGAUAGACAGGUCGUUAUAAACCAUUAGUCCGCAGUAGAGGAGUGGGUAUCAACAUGCUAGUGAUAUGCUAUUAUUUGUCAUUUUCUGAGCAGACUUGGAAUUGUUAGUCUUCCAUCAGUGGAUUCUGUACGAAAUGGGCACAGUGGAAUGCACCUGUUCAAACUAGGCCGCAGUCACGGGAUAGCCCUUGUGCAUUGUUGCAGCUCCCUGCAACGGUCUUGCAAAGAGGACUCAUUUGUAGCGGGUGUUUCCAGGCUCACUGCCAGUGUCCAGCUGAAACUAUCGAGCUCUUCUGAUGCGUUAUCAAUCGGC